CAACGGCUGGGCCUCGAGGACGACAUUGUGGAUCCCUCCAACGAGCUGAUCAAGGAGGGGCCGAUCCAAAAAAUCUCCACCCGCCACGGCACAUCGGAGAAGUACCUGUUCCUGGUGGGAACUGGGCUGCUCUACUGCGUGCCCAGGGUCCUCCAGGUGGGCGCCGAGUUCCAGGUCCACCUCCGCAUCGACGUGGACAGCAUGAAGGUGCGGGAGCUGAACGACACGCAGUUCCCUCACACCUUCCUGGUCUCGGGAAAGCAGCGGACGCUGGAGCUGCAAGCCAGGUCUGGGGAGGAGAUGAAUGCUUGGAUCAAGGCCUUCCAAGAUGCCAUUGCCAGGAAGGAGAAGAGGAGUGAGACCUUUAAGACCGCAGUACACGGGCUGGAGACGGGCACCCCUGCGCUGAAGACGGAAGAGCUGGGCCGCCGAGCCCCGCAGUGGGUGCGGGACAACCUGGUGACCAUGUGCAUGCGCUGCAAGGAGCCCUUCAACGCCAUCAGGCGCCGGAGACACCAUUGUCGAGCUUGUGGAUACGUGGUGUGCGCUCGCUGCUCUGACUACAGGGCCGAGCUACAGUACGACGGGAACCGCCCGAACCGGGUGUGCCUGGAGUGUUACGUCUUCCUGACGGGCCGCGUGGUGCUCGAGGACCGGGAGGGGAAGCACAAGGGCAUCCUGGAGAAAGGAGCUGUAGAGGUAUCAGGCAGGAGUUUGCUGUGCAGUUCCCUGCAGCUGCUGGACAAGAACGGCAAGGGGGGCACGCGGGGCUGGUUCGUGAUCCCACAGGACGAUCCCCUCGUGCUGUACAUCUACGCAGCCCCCCAGGACGUCCGAGCCCACACCUCCAUCCCGCUGCUGGGCUACCAGGUGAGGGACUUGCCCCAGGGCGACUCCCGCCACCUCUUCCAGCUGGCCCAGUCCCGGCAGGUCCACACCUUCGCGGCCGACACCGAGGAGCUGAAGCGGCGCUGGAUGAGGGCCAUGGCACGCUCCGCCGCGGGCAUCACGCCCCCGGAGGAGGGUGAGGAUGGGGACUCCUGCGAUGAAGCUGAAUGA